UGCGCGGAACAGGGAAUCAUAACCUAAAUCCAAACACUUCUUACUCAUAAUCGAAUAUUGUAAAUUAAGAUUAUUUCGAAGUUGUGAUUAAUGUAGUACAUAAACUUGACCGGAAAAAAAUCCAGUAUGGCUUUCAAUACGCUCAAAGUAGAGAACUUCCUCCGCCGUGUAUCUGCUGCUAGUAUUAAGAAAUAUGCAACAGCCAGCGAAGCUGUACAAAUCGAAGAGGAACUCCCGGUUCAUUUCAGAACUGCUGAGAGUAACCCGGCUAAUCACACGACUCAGCAUCAGGAUAGGUUCUACACAGUGCCGAAUGAUGCUUAUAAAACAUUAUACACUGGCGGUGGGCUGCCAAAAGAGUUUAUGAAACAAGUGAAAACCUUCAACGAAUGCUGCUUUUUGACCAGAUCGUCGACUGUUGAAGUUUUAUCCUACCUACGAAACACAAACUACAAUAAACCGGUCAAUAGAUAUGUUUUGUACGGAUCACCUGGAAGUGGAAAGACGAUUUCUUUGGCACACAUUUUACACUAUGGAUGGGCAACGCAGCAAAUACUGAUUCACAUACCUUGGGCCCCAAAUUGGUUCAGACAUCCAAAAGAAGUAGCCAAUUCGACUACCAGGGAAGGCUAUGUUGACUUACCAAUAGAUGCUGCUGCUUGGCUAAUACAUUUCAAGACUCAAAACGCCAAAAUUUUGGAACAGCUCAAGCUCACCACUGACAAGGAGUACACGUGGAGUUUACGAGAAUCAACAUCUCGUGGAGCUCCCUUAAUGGAGCUGAUUGAUCUGGGGAUCAACCGGGUGCGAUACGCUUCGGAAAUAAUAAUCGCUCUUACUUCGGAACUCAAGCAAGCCAGCAUUGCAGGAAAAUGUAAAAUGCUAGUAAUAAUCGAUGGCUACAAUAUAUUCUUCACCGACCGCACAAGAGUAUUCACGGAUACUAAAGCAAUGGUCCUACCUGACAAAGUAUCACUUACUAUCGCGGCAAUGGAACUGACGAAAUAUGAUUGGUGCAACGGAGCCGUUGUCGUGAGCGUGGAUCAAUUAGCUGUUGGAGGCCAGAAAGAAUCUGAUCUUCCAAGAUUGCUACUUGGAAAAGUCGGCUUUGAGCAUUUGGAUCCUUUCAUGCCAAUAUCUGUGAACCACUACACGGAUAUAGAGUUUUAUAAUGUUAUGGAUUACCUCAAAGAUAGACGGUGGGUCAGAGACUGCGACGAAGAGGCAUUGCAAGAGCUGAAACUCUUAUCUGACAAAAAUGGUUUCAAACUUAGGAAGUUAUGCGCACCUUUGUAAGAUACAUAUGUAAUAAGUGUAAUGAAAGUUGUUGAGAUUAGAAUGGUUUUUGUAAAUUAAGAUAUUAAAUUCAUAGGGACAGAGUAGGUUUGUCAUGAAGUCAAAUCAAUAGUCAAUUCAAUGUUUUGGUUGUUUAUAUUUUAUGAACCAGAACACAAAAUCAAUACAAUCACCAUUGUAGAAAUUAUUAUCAUUUCUCACAGUAAAACAUUAGCAAUAAAGCAAAUAAGGGAAUGCUUUUUUCUCGGUAGGUAUGUAUAAUAUAAAUGAUAAAAGUAACAAAAUUGCAGU